UUGUUUAAGUUGUUGACUUUUAACCUCGGUCUUACGAUAACACCAACGUAAAUUGUUUUUUCUUCUACAUUACUUGCAAAUAUAGAAAAUGGUUCUCUCAAAGCCCAUAUUCAAUGCUCUGGGGUUUUAUUUUGAACAACUGUUCAAUCACCCAAUUAGAACGAAAGCAAUCACCUGCUGUGUAAUUGCGACUGCUGGUAAUUUCACGUCGCAAUGUAUAGCCGGGAAUAAAGUCCUGAACCAUAACAGUCUCCUAGCGUAUGGGGUUUUUGGAUUGUUGUUUGGGGGUACUAUCCCCCACUAUUUCUACACAUGGCUGGAGAACGUUGUACCUGAAGAAGCGGCUUUCCCUGUUCUCAAAAAACUCUUUUUUGAAAGGUUAAUUUAUUCACCUUUGUACCAGGCAUUUACUUUAUAUGUUCUGGCAAGAUUGGAGGGCAAAAGUCACAAUGCUGCAGUCAAACAGUUACAAAGUCUAUAUUGGCUGGUUCUUUCAUCCAGUUGGAAAUAUUUAACUAUUAUACAUUUACUAAAUCUGAGUGUUGUACCGCCUAUGUUGAGGGUCGUCAUUGUCAAUCUCGUUGGAUUUUUCUGGACCGUGUACAUCGCAAAUAAACGACGCCAACAACAGGCCAAAAGAGAUAACAAAUAAUUCCACACAAUAAAUUACACGCAUUUACUACGGGUGGGGUGUUUUUACUAUAAAUAAGUUUGUUUGGUUACAAUAAAAAUAUUGGUUGGUA